GCUAAACAGAAAGGAAAAGAAGUUCAAAAAGAUCUUGAAGAAAAGGUACGCAAGGUUUGAUGUGAGAAAUAAACAUUUAUUCAUUUUUUAUCCCACCCCACCAAUCAACUCUUUUGAUGCAAUCGGAUGUGAACAUAACGCAUACACAUCCUUUUGUACACUACAUCUUGCACCAAAAGAUUAUUUGAUCUCAAUAGAAUCAUUUUUCACUUGCUUCUUUGUUUCGUGACAAAAAUUGCCUGACACUUGUCAUUCUUGUCUCUCACUUUGACGAACAGGUAAGCACAACGUCUGAUAAAUCGUCCAAACGAAUGCUCUUUUCGCCUUUAGAAUCGAAUCAGAAAGGAGUACGGUUGCAAGGUAAAGAGGAUGAACCUGUUGCAACUCAACAAGAUUGCCUUUCAUGUCGUUUGAUAGGUUUUGCUACUUGUUUAACUUUGUCUGGCUUCUGUUUUACGGAAGCAUUUAAACUGCGAUCUGCAGUGAAGCAGUCUUCCAUGUCUGGUCGCAUGCCACCUUCCGAUCCCAAAGCACAUACACCAAUGCCUUCUAUCAAAUUACGCUCAAACAAUGUCUUCAAAGGUCCGUCACCACCAAUACCUCAAAACGUUCGUCUACGCUACUACAGCUUCAUUGUCUUGGGCACGGGAACAAGCUUUGCAGGAAUCUAUCGUCUCAUUAUGUAGAAUAUUGGCUAAUGGCAUAAUACAUCAAAUUGCCUUCCAUCGAGAUUCCAUCGAGAAAAAGAU